AGUUAGUAAAUUGUGAAAAGAUGUACUAAAUCCACCGUCUCACUAACGUUUGGUCAAGAUUGUAGUUCUUAUGUGCUCGUUGGAAAGUGUGACCAGAUCUAGUAAUUUUUAUUACAAAAUGCGACGCGUCAUAUUACAUAAUAUGUAGAUAGAAAACUAAGUGACAACAAAAAUAUUUCUUGAGAAAGAAGACAAUCCAAAAUGGAGGUAACAAGAGUGCAAGCAAAGAUUGUUAUAUUUAUAUACAUAUUUUCUGCAAAAUAUCUUUAAUUGGAAUUGGCUUUUCCUUGAAUAUAUUGUAAUAACUUUUUUACUUUGCUUUUGAAGAAAAAUUGUUUCACGACGAGUGGCAGGGGCGAGGGGAAUUUUGGAAAUGGGGGGAGGAAGGCUAUAUCUAUGUAACCCCACGGAAGUAUAAUGUAUAAAAAAGAUUGGAUUGCAUUCGUAAUUCAGGUUGGCAUGGUUAACAAGACCUAAUUACCAAGCUGGAUAUAAUAAACUAGGUCGAUCGUUUAGAAAUUAUACACUAACACGUGCAAGGACAAUAAAUUAAAUUUUACAUAUAGUCAGCGUGUAUUAGCGCGUCAUAUCUAGUAAAAAUACGUGAAAAUGGCUAUAUUUUGUUUUUAGAUUUUUGUAUGAGUAUACAUACCAUAAUUCUCCCACUUAUACAGUAUGUCAUAAUUUUCUUUAAGAUUGACACAACUGAGCUGACUUUAAUCAGUUUAGACUUUAGAUCAUAAAAUAGAUUAUAGUUAAUUACACAUGCAUGCAGUUGUUUGUCGCAUAACUCGCAUUACCAAGACUCCAACAAAUAGCUAUACGUCCGAGCACGCUUAUAGAACAACUCUUAUAAUUUAUAAAGCAAUCACAAGGAAACACACACAAGGAGAAAAAUCAUUGAAAAUGACAUUGGGAUAUACAUUAUAGGAUACAUGCACUUAUAAUACACAGUGAAAAAUCACUGAUGCAAUUCAUAUGCAGCGACGAACAAUAAAACAACUCAAUACACCAACAACAAGCAAAAGAAAUAAAAAAUUUCACAGUGUCAAUAUAACUAUUUAAAUCCUGCAUGACUUAAAAAAACCGUUUCACUGAGUUUCAUGUCUGCCUUGAAACAAAUUAAUUAUAAAUUUGAUUUCCAUUUGGUGGCAAUAAAAUUUGUCAAUCGAGAUAAGACAACCGUAUAUAAAAGACCUACAAUAAUCCACUAGCAAAUUUUUCACCUUAGUCAUUGUCCUAGUGUUCGGUUUAAAACAGUUUAAAGUCAAAAAACGAGCAAGUAACCAGUCACACAAACAAUUUACUUGCAAUUCAUGCGGGAGGUGGAAGUAUUCGAAUGCGAUCCAGGUUUGUUGUAGGAUAACUUUGAUAUAGUGAUCGAGGGAAAUUCAUAAGUGAUAUGUUGGUGAUAUUUUACGUGGCACUGCUGCCUUUGUUUGCUUUAUACUCUUCAUGUUAUCCGGUAACAGACACGGAUUCCAGCGAAGAGACGCUGAAUACAUCUCAGCCCGCGUUAGAUUGCAAUCAAGCAACUUUGCAGAAGCUAGAGACGCUAUGGAAAGAAAAACUUGAACAAUAUUAUACAUGGCUUGACAGUGACAGCAACGCGUUUCGUCAAUUCGGACCAUCUAUUUUCGAGGCGUCACGCGAAACAGAGAACGGUUGCGAACGCUACGAGGAAAACAAAAACGCUGAGACAUACGGAUGUUUUUCCAAAGAUUUCUUUUGUAGCGCCAAAAAGGUUGUUUUGAACAUAGACGCUGCGUACCGGCAUGUGAAAAAUUACAUAAAAAAGAACCAACCGUGGAGACAUCAUUUCCAAGUCCCGCCAGGUUAUCAACAAGGAGUGUGGGCAUCACCUUUAACAGAUGAUCUCAGAUGGGCAGUGAAGAUGAGAUGGCAUGACCCCAAACUUGCGUUCCUGACAAAAACCGAUAAUCAUGAGCAACUGACUAAUCAAACUCUUGAUCGGAUGUACUUCUAUUUGAAAACUAAUAACGUCGACGAAGUUGCAAGUUUAUUCCAACGGUAUCAAGAAUACGGAGUCGAAGAAAUCAUGGAUGAGCAGUGUGCAGAUAAAAAUGGAAAUCCGCUACCUUUACCAUGUAAGAUAGCAAUAGUUUUUGAUAGUAUAUCAGGGCUUGUGCGUGAUAACAAAGCAAUUGGAUGGGACGGGAGGAGUAGCCCACCUAGAACCCGUGAGGAACUAGCCAUACUUUAUCUUUUACAACCCCAGAUAUACAAAAUCAUGUCAAUGUCAGACACCAACAGGCAAGAAGUUAUCAAAUUUCGCUUGACAACAAUGUUUCGAAGUUUUUAUGAUAAUGCACUAGAGAAAAAAACCGAAAAAUUUAAAAAUCAUUUUGGAAAAUUCGAUAACAUUCAACCAAUCAUGAAACGCGACUGUAACGAAACGUACAACAACAACUUGGACGAACUAACUUGUUACCUUUCUGAAACUUUCAAACGCCUAAACGAACUGAAAAUUGCUCUAGGAACAAAUUAUGACAAGUGGGAAGAACCUAAGGCGAAAACUAGAAACGUGGUUGUUAUACUUUGGUUACUUUUAACCCCCAAGGCGUGCGAAUACAUUGAGCCAAAUGAAACGGAUCUGAUCAUUGCUCUUAAGAAACUUUUGGAAAUUUUCUAUCGUAAAAUUCAAGAAAAAGGCCUUACUAGUGUUAGGUAUAUCUUAAGCAUGCUGCCACCAGAAAACGAGAUCGGGCUGGACAGUAGCGUUGUUUGCCGGCCAACAUUUGAAGAGUUUGCUACAAAUGUUAAGUGCGCGUACACCAUAAUGAUGGAAAAUAUUAUUAUGUUUCUUGACGAUUUCCAAAGCAAAGAUGGGAAAAAGGUAAACAAGUUGGACAUGAGCAUUGACUAUAGGUACCGCUUAGAGCAAUUUAAGAUUUCCAGUAUACACGGCGCUGUUAUAAACACCAAGCUGGAGCUACAGAGCUCCUUACACGAAUUCUCGCGACAGAUAAGAGGUUAUUUUGAAGCGUCUAUAGAUAAUCGUUUUAAACACCUACGCGAUUACUUUACAAACGUAGCAAGCUUUGAUGAAGAAAUUACUCAGGCGGACACAAUAUUCAUAACAUCAAAGUUAGACGAGUUCGAGGCUACUGCUGCUCAUAUUGAGAAGCAACUAUUCUUCGAUGCGAAAUAUUUACAACAAGAUGCCUUGAUUGGCACAGCAAUUGACGCAACCUUCAUGUGGUUCAAGGCUGCUGCGCGCGCUGCUAGUGCCAUUUUUGACGCGAUAUCUGGUGAUUUUGGGGGAAUUGUUGAUGCAAUGGACGCAAUGGAUGAGGCAAUGCAAAGCACGCUACAAGCAGUUAAAGCUGCCGCAGUCAUUGAGCAAAUUAAGAUAGCCACAAGCACUUUUCAAGAUAUUCGCACAAAACUAACAAUAAACAGAGAGCAGCUAGAAAACACAAGGCGUAUAAUCAAUAAACUAAGUCUCAAGGACUAUGACAACGUAGAAUUUAAGAGACUUAGGGAUGAUUUCAUUAAGAGCUAUAACGACUAUACGCCGAUGGUAAAUGAAGCGGAAAUCGCAAAGUUAGACACAGCGUGGAACACAAUUAUAGACAAUUUAGAUGAUCAACUCAGUUCGUUGCAAACCGUAGCCGGAAUAUCAGCAACCAUGCACAAUCACGUGGAAAAUCAUGUUUUUAAAAUCCAAAUACUUGUCCCACAAUUGGAAGCGACGCUCAGCGCUCGUUUUGAAUAUCAAUUUGAUUUGAUGGAUAGUUUGGCUGGUACAAUGCGUGCUCAUAACUCCAUGCAAGCCGCAAAAAGUUUGAGUGAAGGCUUCGAAGAUCCUGAGAAACAAACUGAAACGUCCCUAGGAAUCGAAUUUGCGCUAGACAACAUUGCUUUAACCACGUACAUAAUUUCUCAGUUUCACCUGCUGCUCACACUAAAGCAAUAUUGCCAUUAUAUCACUUACGUCAACGUCGGUAUCCAGCCUGAAGCUUGCAAGAAAGCCUUAGCUACUUUAAAUAACGCGCAUAUCGAUGAAGCUCUGAGCUACCAGCCGCCCUCUUGCGACAUGAUCAAUGUUAAUUUAAAAAUCCCUACAUCUGAAACUGGCGAAACCGAAAACAUCAAUGUACGUCAUUUAAAUUCCGGUGAUAAAGUUCAAUUUCAAAUUCCCGAUUUUAAUUGGUUAAAAGAAAACGCAGACAUCUCCCCUGAGGACGAAAACAGCGGUCUUUAUGUUAAAAUGUUUGAAAUUUAUGUGAUGAAAAAUUCGAGCUAUAAAUUGAAUCGAACUUUACGUGUGGACAUUUCCGCUUCAGGCCCCGCCCGCAUUUCAAAUACCUCCGACGAGUUAAAGUACGAGUUGCGCCCUCGCUCGCGGGCAAAAUACAUUUUUGAAUACAAAGAAAACUAUGGGACUUGCAAAGGAGAGAUGAACCCAUACCAUGUAUGCACGCCUGGGCCUAAGCAACUUUGCGUUCAAAGCAGGGGUGCCAUUGAAAAUAAAAUUGGUCUCUAUCCCUCGAUCUAUAGUCCUUGGACCAUACAGCUUAAUAGAGCGAUAGGCCACGCUCCAAAACCCGAGGACACCAGGAAAUUGUUUCUUCAAGCUAAGCUAAAGUUGUGCAGAAAAAUAAUUGAUUCAGACACUAUUAAUAUCGAUGCUUCGGGUGACGUUGCUUCAGGAUCCGGAUGGAACAAUAAGUAUAAAAAACAUCGUCGAAUUAUUCGCUCACUUCUCGAACCGGAAACCCCAUCUUGUCCCCCCCAAAAAUAUUUUGAUCAGAGGUCAGGCCAGUUUGAGAAUUGUGCAGACGGGACACCGCAGCACUUUGGGUAUUAUUGCGGAUCCGUGUAGUAUAAUCACGUGUGGGUCUCCUUCAAUUAAUGCAAUGUUUGCUAUUUUGAUGUAUAUAUAUUAUAUCAGUUUGUAUGAAACCAAAUUAUGAAACCACUUUUUGCGUUUACGUGCUUCUUCCUAUUACUAGUAUUAGGCUAUAAGAGUGUGUAUUCAUUUUGAUCUUAUUUCGAUUAACUGUGUUUUUGUUGAUAUAUACUUGGGCCUGGCUGUAUAAUCUUCAAAAUAAAGUGAUUGCUAACAGCGUAACUAAUUAGGGGCUAUGCCUAUGGGUUAGAAAAAACUGAUAAACUAAAGUUAUAAACCCACUGUUUCGGUUUACUUUCUUCUUUCUUCGUUUCGAUACGAAUUUACUAAAAUGUUAUAUAAACUCGAUUUAACAGGCCGUUUGCUUGCCAGCAUGGUUUGAGAACUUUGACAACCCUAUGAUUAUAAUUAUAUAGGGUGAGCAAAAUUUUGUCGCUUCAAUUAAGGUGGUUCGAUAGGAAUGAAUAAUAUAAAGCAUAUUUUUCCCUUUUAAAACGUUUGACAAUGUAGAAAUGUUCUUCAUCGUAGGUCAUUGUACAGCUCUAGCGCUAACUCAUGAGUGCUGAAAAGCUUAUUCACCACAGUUUACCAGUGGGGAGGAAUCUGUGCUCAAAUAGGUUCCUAAAACAGACUUUGCGUUAAAUAUGCAUCUUCUGACGAAAUUCUACAUUGUCAAACUCAUUAGAGGGAAAAAAUAAG